CAGGAAACAAGAAUGGCAAUCCGGCGUUGGAAGAAGAAGAAUGAAGCGCGUAAGGAGCUAAAUCCAGAAGCUGCAGAGCGCCAGAGGCUCAAAAGAUUGGCCUUCUCUAAUGGAGUAAUUUCUGAGAUCCCAGCCAAAGCCUCUCGUCGUCUCAAUCCUUCAAACACAGUGCUUAAGCACCUCGGCAAAGACAUUGUGAAGAAAUCCCAGCGAAGGAACAAGUACCUCUUCUCAUUUCCAGGUCACAUUGCUCCCAUCGGCCGCGGCGGCAAGAUCGGUGAUCUCAAGAAUUUAGGAACAAAAAACCCCGUUCUCUACGUCGAUUUCCCUCAGGGCCAAAUGAAGUUAUUUGGAACAAUCUUAUAUCCAAAGAACGGAUAUCUAACUUUGCAGUUCUCCAGAGAUGGAAGGAAUGCACUGUGCGAGGAUUAUUUUGAUACUAUGAUUCUAUUUUCAGAUGCAUGGUGGAUUGGGAGGAAAGAUGAAAACCCUGAAGAAACUAGACUUGAUUUUCCAAAGGAAAUGUAUGAGGGACAACAAGCUGACUAUGAGUUUGCAGGUGGAGCUGGUUCCGCAUCCGCAGCCACUCAACGUGCUGCCAAAAAUAAGAUGCAGCAUGCAAAGGAGCACCCAGAGACACCUGAAAAUUAUAUGUCGAAGAGUGAAGACAUCUUGGAAGAUGCGAAGGAGGUGGUUCCAGUUCAUCACUCAGACAGACCUUCUGGAAAAACAUACAAAUUUGCGGAAAUUUCUUCUGGUUUGGAUAGUCCUGAUGUUUCUGUGCUCAAAAAAGAGGUGGAAGCUAAGACUGCUACACAGAAAGAAAAUCCAUAUGCUCUUGCAGUUGAUCUUGGUCAUGAUAACGCUUUGAGAGGAACUCGAGACCUUCGGAAGAAUAGAAAGUAUGCUUCGGGAUCUAAGUGCAAGAAACUGCUUGAAUGUUCUUUGAUGGCUCCAUCUGAAGAAGUCUUGUUUCGUAAUCGCGCUUCACUUGUUCAGUCUACCAUAUCCACGUUGUUUAGGAAAGUGGAGCAAGAGGCUGAAAAUGAUGAUGACAUUGAAGAAUUUUCGAGUACUUCAAAGGAAACUGACGGAAGCGAUGAAGAUUGGACUCAUUGA